UUUCAAUGGUUAGAGAUUGCGAUCCGCGUGAAAGCUUUGUAACAAAUAUAAUACGUCGAUUAUAACACAUCGACGGUGGUAGAUUGCUUCCUUUAGUUUAAGUUAGGAUUCUUGACAAAACGAAAACGCCACGUCACCUCCGGUAAUAAGGCUUUUAAAAGCCCGUUUGUAAAUCAUAGGCCCAACUCUAAAUGGACGAAUGCUCACGUGGCAGUCCCUAAAAGAGCAUAGACACGUAAUCGUCCACGUGUUGAGCUCGCCGUAAAGAGAGAUCUUGUGUAUUUGUAAUAGACCUUGAAGGCUUUGAUGAUGAGUCGGAGAAUCAAAGAAAUGGCGUCGAAUGUCAUAAAACCAGCGUAUGCUUACACGGUUGUGUACGUUAGGGACGUCGCGAAAUCCGUAGAAUUCUAUUCGAGAGCCUUUGGUUACAACGUUCGUCGUCUUGACGAGUCCCACAGGUGGGGGGAGCUAGAGAGCGGGCAGACAACGAUAGCAUUCACACCGCUUCACCAGCAUGAGACGGAUGACCUAACCGGUAAAGUUCAGUCGUCUACGCGUUCAGAGCGUGAGAGAGCACCCCUCGAAGUCUGCUUCUGUUAUGCUGAUGUUGACGCGGCUUUCAAGAGGGCUGUGGAGAAUGGUGCGGUGGCUGUGAGCGAGCCGGAGGACAAGGAAUGGGGCCAAAAGGUUGGAUACGUUCGAGACAUUGAUGGCAUCGUUGUACGCAUCGGAAGCCACGUUAAGUGAGCACCAUAAAACACUAGAUCACGGAACAUGAUCAUUAACAAUAUUUAUGCAUAAGAAUAAUACAAGAUACUAGCUAUGGUAUUCAGCUUCUUCUUUUUUUUUGUGGGUAAUGGAUACUUAAAUCUAAAAUCAACAGUUGAAAAUUAAAAAAAAAUAAAAAGUACUUUGGUGCCUAACUACCAGUCUCAUUUUGGUACUUUAUGUAUCGUUUCACUAAGUAAUCUAAAAUCAACAAUUGGACCUUUAUGAAUCAGCCAUUUAAUGGAAGUUAAACCUGUCUAGAGGUUAACAUUCUCGACGGACAAAAAGAGAUGAAACUGUGCGUCUGAAUACGCAUCACUUAUUCUAAAUUAUCAUAUUUUCACUUAUACCAGGUCAUAUAAACCUUGGACAAGUUUCGGGUUUUCUCUAGCUAUCAAUCUUAAUCUUCCAGUUGUUCCACAGCUCAACAAUAUAACAAGCAAAAAAAGGCAAUAAAGUACUUUAAAACUUUUUCUUUUUGUCCUUUUGCAGUCUUUAUAUGUUUGUGAAUGCAUCUCUUUGCAUAAAAGUGUGAUUGCCUGAUUGGCCACCUGUCAUAGUGAAAGCUAAGCCAAUAAUGCAAUGCGUAUUUGGUCUUUGAAACCAAAAUCAAGAUGAGACGCAGUUAUCCGCUACAAAUAAUAUUGUAAUCACCCGGGACCAGGAGAAAGGGAUCCUAUAUAUAAAACUGGAAUCCCACUUUGCUAAACAUUUUAGAAAUUGUUAGAUGUAUAUAUUAAACAUACAAAAAUCACUUUUAUAGGGUUUAAUUAAAUUUCUAACACAAAAGAAAAUACAAUUUUCGACGAUCGAACAAAUCUUAAACCAAAACAUAUACUACUAAUCUCGGGCAGAAAGUCGAAUUUUCCCACUUAGUGUAAAAUGUGAAUAAAAAAUAUUGUUUUAUUAUCACUAUUUCUUUUUCUUGCUGGUCUUGCUUGCCUGUUAAAGAAGUUGCUAAUGAAAACAAUUAAAACAUGUGACAAAGAAAAGGAAAAAUCUAAAAGAAUACAGCCGAACGAAAACUAGGGCCUGUGGGGGAUGAUGAAUACUUUAACAGUACUCUGUUACUCCUCUCUCGUAAGGGAAACAAAAAGGAAUGGGUAGUUGGGUACACAACAUCCAUAACUUAGUAACACAUGCCUUUUGACUAAUAUAAGCAGACCACUAGCAUCAACAAUCAUGGAACUUUGAAAAAUCAUCUCAACGACUGUCAUAAAUACGAUGAAAGUAUGAAACAACCGACAUGCAUGGGGCGAGUCAACAAAUUAUUCGUAUAUGGUGUAACAAUUUCACCCUUUCUCGACAUGGAUCCGAGAUUUAUACAAUUGUUCUUUGAAAUAUAUAUAUAUAUAUAUAUAAUUGGGUUGGUUUCGAUCAUCGGUGAAACCAGCAAAAAACUAAUAUUGAGAUAAAGAUGUUAAAAAGCUAAAUAUAUAGAAAUAAUCGGAUUUCAUAGUUAUAAUAUUUGCACAUGACAAUUUUAAAUUUUAAUGUUUAUUGUUUUUUUUAUACAUAAAUACUAGUUGAUAUUCUGCACAUGACGAAAUUUAAUUUUAGUGUUUAUUGUUUAUUUUUAUAAAAAAUAAUAAUUAAAUUAGAUACAAAUUUUAAAUUAUUAAUAAUUAUAAAAAAUGAAUAUUCAUAUUGGAUUCAUAUUGGUAAUCAAUGUAUUAAAUUAUGUUUUUUUUUUAAUUUCAUAGUUUUAUCUAUGUGAUGUAGAUCUUGGAUCAAAAUCUUUUUUAUAGUAAUAAUUAAAUGAGAAAAAUUGUAUUUGAAAUUGAACACAUAUUGUAUUUGGACUGAUACAAAAUCAUGUGGUACAUAAAAUAUUAUAAAAAUAACAAAUAUAAAAGGUCAACAAAAUAAUGAACGUUUAGGAGUAUUCAAUCCGGUAAAACCGAACCAUUUAAAACCCAGCCAAACCGAAAUAGAAAAGAUAGUUUAAAUUUGGUAGUA